AUGUCCAAUUGUGUCGGUGAUGGAUGUGUGUUUAUUGCAGCUCAGCCAGACAGCUUCCGAUUCCACGAUUUGUACGAACUACAAGCCCGCAUUUCAGGCACUUGGCGCUACAUCUCCUUCGUCAAGUUAACUGUCCAAUUGGCCGAGGUGCUGUGCUUCCAGCUCACUGGCGGAUUUGUAUGGCUUCCAUUCCAUGCCACGGUGGUCUCUGAACCGCCCAAACUUACGCAGCAGUCGCACAAAGAGGUGACGCUAACCGACAAGUUGUCGUCUGGUGUAGUGCCUGACCUCGAGUCCCUCCCGGGACGCCGAUGGGCGAUAGAAACGAGACGGAGACCGCGACGGUAUGUGGCUUUUAACGGACGUCCAUUUCAAACGGUAACGCCAAACGCCUCUUCGCUGCGUCGAGGUUGGCUCGUUUUCGAGGCGGUCAAUUAA